CGACUGACAAAGUGGCAAGCACAAUCGCCGAUGGACCAAAAAGGGAGCUGGCUUCCAUCCACCUUUCAAUGGUAUUUCCUGCUGGUUCUGAUGAUAACCACCGCCACCUUAGGCAUCGCUAUAACACUCCUGAUUUGGUACUCCCAACAUCAUUACGGCAUUGGUACAGAUAAUGGAUCCUCUGCGAUUCUCUUUGGAUGGCGCUUCACACCAACCCUGCUAGCGGUGUUAUACACUCAAAUGACAGUUAUUCUGUUUGAAGACGCGAAGAGAACGGAGCCAUUCGCAAGAUUAGCCCAGGCACCUUCGGAAGGUGUCAGUGCCUACGGUACAGUGCUUCAGACGCCGAGAGCAUGGUGGGCUAUUUUUCUGGAUAUCAUAUUCAGACGAAAGUCGGUUGGUAAAACCAGCUGGUGUCUUGUCUGCACCGCUUUCAUCAACGUUAUGGCUCUCCUCGCUAUAUCUCCGUUGUCCUCCGCACUUCUUACAUCUGAGCAAGUUGUAAUCACUAAGGCGCUUGACCUUAGCAAGACCGUCCCUAGGGCUGACUCCCAACUACCAAUCGUCGCAAACAGGGAAACCUACUUCAGAACAAUGUCUUCAUUGAUGAGAAACCUAUCUACUUCCGUAUGGAUCGAGGACACUUCUAUCACCCUUCCGUUUUGGCCAUCAACGGAUACAGUGCAACUCGGUCCGAAUUUGGUAUCUCAAUUCAGCUCCUGGACAGCAGAGACGACGAUACUCCAUGCGGACCUAGAAUGCCAGAAUAUGGCACUAGAGAGUGCCAAUCUUGAGCCAAAGGGAUACAAAGCCUACGAUGUCAUGGGUCACGGACCGUACAAGGGCACGGAACCUAUGGUAACUUAUGUCCUAUCCUCGGACGAUGGCUGCAGAUACGAAAUGAGCCUUCAUCCUGCAGCCGACCUAGCCCUGAAUGGAGGGCUAAAGUGGUCAAACACUUCUACGCUUUACGUAGAUGCGGAUGGAGUACUGCCUAUUGGUAAAAUGCCCUUCCCUGCCAACGUCUCUUCAACUAGUCCAUAUGCACGCCACAACGCUACCAGACAAUGCGCAGACCGCGACAUCAUCAUCCUGAGCACUCCGUGGACAAAGGUUUUCGAAAUAGAGAUGAGUGGGGCCGCAGGAAGUGGACUCGAGCUCAAUCUGACCUACGAACGUUCGCCUGACUUCCGCAUGAAAGCAUUGCUUUGCCAAUCUCAAUACUCUUUGGAGGACCGUAACAUUACAGCUUCGAUAGGAAAUGGGAAAGAGUCGAAUAUCACAUCCAUACGAUCUGACAACAUCCACCGCGAGCCAGUUACGAAGGCACUGAUCGAUAUUCCUAUGUUCGAAUCCAUGACACUACGAGACACUUGGAAAGAUUACUUCAACGCCGCAGGCGUAGCGACAGACGCGGAAAGUGCUUUUGAUGGAUAUGAGGGUCCUUACUCGAAUGAGAACCUUACAACUCCCCAGCCAUCAUUCUUUGGACUUGGUCCGCUGCUUGGCGCCCUUUAUACGUUCAACGUUACCCGAAUGUUAGAUGACGAAGCAUUCAUAGCUGAAGCGGCAAGAGUUAAAGGGCGAUUCUUCACGGAGUGUCUUCGUGAGGCUCUCAGCGAUACGGGUGCAACUGCUAUCAGUAUUGUCAAAGGAGAGGCAACUACGACUGAAGAUAGAAUUAUUGUACUCCGAGAGAUUGGGAUCGCCUUGGCCGUCCUGUUUUUGGUGUCCUUUCUGCUGUUUGUCACAGUGUUAUGGGUCUCGCGAUUGUCAUUUCGACCACUCGACCUCAACAUGGACCCUAGUAGCUCUAUCGGACAUGCUAUGUUACUUCGGUCCCAACCACUGCGGUCGUCAACGUUUCGGGAUGGUCAUCGUGCACCAAGCUAUGAGUUUCAUCGAACUCUGAGAAACUACACUUUCUACACGCAGAACAGUCGUUUACAUACGGCAGAUAGUGGUGAUUGUGUAGCUACACCUUCCACAAACUCUGAAUCUUCCAGCUUCCGGCAGCCGUUAGUGAUCCGCUUGCGCACGCUGCUCUCCCUUUCCUGUUUUCUUAUCCUUAUCCUUGUGGCUGUCCUAGUACUGAACGCAUUCUCUGCCAGGUCUCGACUAUCCCAGCUUGCUUUCAUCUACCAAGCCGAUGUGUCGAGAUUGGGCUUGAGCUUUUCUACGUUCGCCCCUAUAUCUAUUGCACCCACAGUUGUCAGUAUAGUAAUCGGCCUAUGGUGGGAUCAGUUAGAUUCGACCUUCAGAACCCUUCAGCCAUAUAUCGCGAUGUCACGAGAACCGACACCAAUUUCCAGUGGAGCAGGUCUGACGUAUCGAUCCAAAACCUGGGCUGGAGCGGCUAUCAAGGCCGCUCGCAACAAGCACUGGAUGUUGUUCUUAGUCGCUGUUGGGAGCGUUCUCUGCCAGAUUCUCACUGUUUCGAUGUCAGCGCUCUUCGAGCGACAAGCCGCCAACAUAUCUGAUCACUCGAUUCUUGAAAGGACAUUAGAGCUUCGACAGAUCCCGAUCAUCAAUACAGUGAGGACCUCACCAGGGCGACUUCAAGCUGUUCGACUAGAACUACCUCCAUUCAAAGUGCUCGAUAGUCUCCUGCUUGACCCACCUAGAAGUUGGUUACCAGGUGCUGCUAUUCAGCUAUCACUCGAUGGUACCAAACCUUCUUGGACUCAUGAUGGCUGGAGCUUCGUGCCUCUCAAUCUUGCUAGCAUUCUGCAGCCAAAUGACACGAUUAGCAUACAAUCCCCCAACAACGUAACGCUUACAACAUCCGCUAUUCGAGCUCGGCUAGAAUGCGAAGAAGUGCCCGAAGUUGCCAACACUUCAACCUGGCUCAUUCGUUCCAACGACACCAAAUCCCUUGAUGAAUCAUACGAUUUGGAAGGCUUGAAAGAUUAUUAUUCUUUCAAUCGUACGCUUUUCUAUGACAGUCCGUCAAACACGUCAGCAUUUGCCACCGACGCCACGCUAGCAUGUUGUUCUAACGAAACGAACGGCGAUUCAAAAACAGCAGUAAUAGGGUACUGGUCGCCAGUCGAUGUUGAGAAUUUCUCCAACGCAAACAGUCAGUGGCCAAUCCCAUUUGUUACGAAAUGGAUUGUUGGUAGGCCUCUCACAGUUACUGGGCCAGACCAGGAGGACGGACAACCGUUACUGUUCAAAGACGCACCAGAUCUACAGGCCGCUCGCUGCGUGCCAAUCGUCGAAACGGCAGAUGCCAAAGUGGUUGUGGACCAAGGGGCCGGCACAGUUCAUUCAUACGAGGUCAUAGGGUCUAUUGACCCCGCACAAUCAGCGUGGUCGGAAGUGUUUGUCCGACAUGCUCUGACCUACGGGAAUUCAACGCAGCAUUAUGAUGAGGAAUACGAUGGGCCGUUGAACAUAACCACAAGUUAUGGAGUUCUAUUUAUGGGCUCUAUGUUCAGAGCUGCAGACCCUACUCUCGGCCUAAGAAGAUUCGCCGGCGAUCCCACGGAGCCUCUUUACGACAACUCAUUUGUCAUGCGCGAUCGCGAGAUAGGUAUGAACAUGGAUCUGAUGACAUACAGCAUGUACAGUCUCGCCAAGAAAGAUCCACAGGCCUUGCUCGACUAUGCUAUGCUCGUUGCUCACGCAAAUCAAACAUUCCAAACGUUUUUUCAGCACUUCAUCAGCCAUGGUCUCUCUCUAGACCAAGGUGGUCUUGGCUACCAAAGGAUUGGUGACAACAGUACAGAUAUAUUGGGAGCACCAGUGACACGGGACGGCAGAGCUCUGCCGCAGCGCGAGUACGUGAAACGCAACACCAAUCGUACGGUCGAAGUCUUGGUAUCCCGUCGAAUUCAAGUCCUUCACCUGAAUUCAAUCGCCACGUAUCUGUCAAUCGCAAUCAUUAUCUGGCUUGUAGGCACUACAGCCGUGGUCAGCUGCCUACAACGAAAAUAUACCAGUCCUAUGAUUCGCGAUGUUCAACUCAUCGCUGACGUACUGGUGCUCGUCGCGGGUAGCGAUCAGCUUAUGCGAUUGGUAGAAGAACGAGGGGUAGGACUAAAGAAAUCCAAGGACGUCAAAGUUAUGUUGGGAUGGUUCAAAGGCAGAGAUGGGGAGGGGCGUUGGGGCAUUGAGGUGGUUGGAGGCAGUGAAGCAGUGGAGUGGGUGGACGCUCCAAAGACGGGCUGGCAUGCGCAAAGUUGCUCGAAACGACGUUGGUUCCCACACAAGGAGGCUGAGUCAUAGAAUGACGCAAUGGAUGUCGACUCACGGGCCGCGGAGGUUGGGUCUGAACGCCCAGAUCUCAAGAAAUCUUGGUGA